AUUAUGUUCGAGAAGUGGAAUAUUAAGAUUUGUUGAUGUAGAAAUUACAAUACAACAGCAAAACCAAACGGAUAGCUCAGUAACAGCAUGGAUGGUCAACCAACGAAUCGAUUCAACGAACCCAUGGAUAGGGACACUAGACAGAAACAAACUAAUCAGAGGAGAGAUGCUACGACAUUUG